UACAAUCGUGACGAAGUCAAAUUGGACUUCCUACAUUCGGAUCGGGUCGACUUUUCGGAGUAUGCGCCAUCGUCGAUAUGGGAUAUGAUGGAUGCUCCUGCUGUGCUAACUGAAGACAGAAGUCGAAUCGAGUUUCAAGUCAGAAUAAGGCGAGAAGAUGGGCCUGACAAUGAACGUUCUGCUGUCAAUCGUUGUGUUUUUACUGCUGGUCUCGAAAAUUCUGCCGCCGACGUCGUUGUCGAUCCCGCUCGUCGCUAA